AUGAAGCGGUUCAUGGCCAUGUUAAACAGGGAUAAAAAUAAGGAUCCCCCACCUGCCAAGCUGCUGGAUCUAGCAGGACAGCUUUGCCAGGAUCUCCAGAGCUCAUUUCCUAGUCUGGAGAAGCUGGUUGGGGCCAUGAUGGGAUGCAAACACAAGAUGUAUUUUCUCACUAACAUCCACGUUGUCCAAGCUUGCGUGUUUGUUCAUAUCCAGAAAGGGCAGCAUGACACAGCCUGCAGACUGCUGGAGUGUAGCAAGGCAGAACAGAAGGAGAAGCUGGUGCAACUUUGGCAUGAGAUUCACUACCGGAGGGUUAUGGAACAACACCACACAGAUUUUCUGACACCACUGCAGAAGUUCCGCUGCAGGAAGAGGAAUCCUCCACCUAUUUCCCUUUGUCCUGAAGGUUUGAAGAAUCGAAACUAUUCGGAUGAAGUGCGCCAGCAACUGCACAGGUUUGCUGCAGAGGUGACAACAAAUCCAAACAAGAAACAGCGGGAGGGGCUGGCUCAGGACAUGAACUUGCAGCCAACUCAGGUCUACAACUGGUUUGCAAAUUACCGACGGCGUCAAAAAUCCUGCCUCCCUCGUAUGGAAAAGCAAAACAACUUGUGUCCUGAGAGGGCUCUGGCUUAUCACACAAAGCAGCAGCAGGAUAGAGGAUUCUACACUCCACAAACUGCAGAUGGAUCUUAUGUAGGCAUCGACUCUGAGCAAAUGGAGAUAACUCUCAUGCCCUGUGACCCAGGGUGGGACCAGUCAGCUGCAGAUCUGGAUAAGCCUCCUGAGGGAACAUAUUUAAAGAUGCUGGAAUCCAGCUUUAUGCAGAGCAGUGAGCUGUAUGAAGCGGGGACAAACAAGGCUUACUUGACCACUCACAGCACUGAACAACCUGUAUCAUUUUGGCCUGAAGCUAUGCUGGAACCAGGAACCUGCUUUAACCCUGCUGUCCUGCAGGCCAGAGAAGCAGCAAGCAGUACUGAUGCCAGCCCCCAGCUGGGUAACAUCGUCCUGUGCCCCUGUGGGUCUCUUACCUUCCCAGAUGAACAGCUGGCCAUGUGGCAGGCCCCUUGCAGCACCAGAGGAGUCUCUGGCUCUAUGUGGACCCCAAGUAUAGAAGGUAUCAGAGCUCCCUUGAGCAGAGUCCCUCAAGGUGGCUUUGUUGAUGCCAGUUCAGGAAGAAUCAUUCAGCAGUCAGAUUUAGAGGUUGAAAGCUUCAUCCUUAGAGAAGGACAGCUAGGGACCCUGGAGUCUGUUCUUCCCCACAGUUACUGUCAGACUGUGUUUGGCAAGCCUCAGUGCCCACCUGUUUCUGCACCCUGCACGGAAGAAAGCCAAGCCCUGGGACACAGCCAGGUUCUGGAGGAUCCAGUUGGCAACCCAUUAACCAAUGACACGGUCUGGGCAGCGUGGCUGCUCUUUGAAUUCUCAGCUGGUGGACAAAUGUGA